AUGGCCAAUGGAUUCGAUGCGGCUGCAGCAAUCAAAUCAACUCUCACCCAACUGCUGCAUCUUUUAGAGCCGCUCCCACUAGUCCUUUGCACUGAUUCGAAGAGCCUUUACGAAUGCCUCGUCAAGCUGGGUACGACACGUGAAAAACGCCUUAUGAUCGAUCUCAUGUGCCUCCGUCAAUCGUACGAACGUCAAGAGAUCACGGAAGUGAGAUGGAUCAACGGUAACAGCAAUCCUGCGGACGCCAUGACAAAGAGCAAGCCCUGCCGCGCUCUACAAGAACUUAUUGAUACGAACAAGCUACGUAUCGACGUUGACGGAUGGGUAGAAAGGCCGUUAACGAAGCGCAACUCUGAAGAGUUGCCAGUGUCGGAAUAUCAAUCUCAUGAUUCGGCGCUUCUGCACCCCGGUGCAGAAGCAAGCACGUACGUACGGGAGCGGGAUAACGUUAUCCCUAGCGCCCGUACGGCAACCUCGUAUAUAGCUACCAUGACACCCCGGGGCCCCCUACUUUCUCUGAGUUAG